UGAAUGACCUCAUUAUGCAACGUCAACAAUUCAAUAACAAGAGGCUAGCUACACAAGAUCCAAACAAGCAGCAAAAAACUCUCUGAUCCUGUUAGCACACUAUCCAGUUACCAGAAAACACGCUGGCUAGUCUUCGCUCCAGGCGUCGUCAGUAUCCAUCUCAGGAAACAAUCUAUCAGGCUGACUCCACAAGCCCUGCUCUUACACAGACGUACUCCACGCCCCUCAUUCAGACCACACCCACCGCCACACCAAUAUUGGACACAAUGACAACUGGCAGAGACAGAACGGCCGAGUUCUCCUCAGUAGUUAGUUCCUUGCAGUCUUAUCAGUCUCCUAACAAGACAGUGAGGCAAAGAUCACUCAAACCCUCAGAAGUGAUGAGGGCUGCAAAGCGAAUUGGAUAUGACAUCAGCUGUACUUGCACAAAACUAGAGAAGCUCACUGAAUUGGCCAGAGGGCGGAGUUUGUUUGGAGACCCCACCUCUGAGAUCCAGGAGCUGACGCAAGUCAUAAAGCAAGACCUCUCUAAACUCAACUCUGACAUUGCUGAUCUGCAACAGAGAGUCAAGAGCCAGUCGUACGGAGAGACAAAGCACAUGCGCUCUCACUCAUCCUCCGUAGUGGUCUCACUUCAGAGCAAACUAGUGGACCUGUCCAAGGACUUUAAAGGAGUGCUGGAAGUGAGAACAGAGAAUUUGAAACAACAGAAGCAGAGGAGAGAGCAGUUCUCAUCAGCAACCGUGUCCACGUCACUCACCAGCUCUCCGGCAUUGGGAGGUGGCUCUGUGUUGAUGCAAAGUGAUCGCAAUGGCAGUGUCAGUAUAGACAUGGACUCUUUGUCUAAAGACCAGCACAACCAGAUGCAGCUUCUAGAACAGCAGGAUACAUACAUUCAAGAGCGGGCAGAGGCAAUGGACAACAUCCACUCGACCAUUGUUGAGCUAGGCUCGAUCUUCAGGCAGCUGGCAGAGAUGGUCAAGGAGCAAGAGGAGCAAGUUGUCAGGAUUGAUGCUAACGUGAGUGAGACACAAACCAACGUGGAAGCUGCUCACACUGAACUGCUCAAAUACUUCCAAGGAAUUACCUCGAACCGUUGGCUAAUGAUGAAAGUAUUCGCUGUGGUCAUUGUUUUCUUCAUCAUAUUUAUUGUUUUUGUCGCUUAGUUUCAAUGUUAUUGACCAAAUCUAUUACAAUGUAUUACCAUGCAUGCAGAA